UUUCGUAAAAAUUCAUUUAAAUUAUACUAUAAAAUUUUAUCGUAAAUUAUAAGACUAAUUUUUAUUAGAUACUAUUUCUACUAAAUUUUAAAUUUAAAAUAAUUUAUAAUUGUAAAAUAAAUAAACAUGUUUAAAAGAUGUUCGAGAUCGUCAUAAAUAGAAUCCAAAAAAGAUCCUCGUUCAAGAAUUUGAACUUGUUAUCCAGUAAAAUAAUUGAAAUGAUGAAAAAAUCCUACUCGUCAAGUAAAUAGAUUUUUCAUACGACAUUUCAACGUAAAAUAGAUUACUUUAAAAAGAAAAGAAGGCAAGAAAAGUCAGUGGACGGAAGCAAUCCAAAUACGCAAAGCAAAGAAAUGGAAUCCACGUGCACAACACAGCCGACCAAACCAGUCUCCUCCGGUCCUACCUGGCGGUUUUGCACCAAAACCGCGGCCCAUGAUUACCUGAACAAAACACCCCAACACAACCAAAAUCGACAACAGAAUUCCUGAAUCCAUCAGAAACCCACAUCAUUAAAAUCAUCCUUAAUUCGGUUCUGCGAAUCAUACGGUGAUGGCGUUGGAGACCGUGAAGGAGGACGAAGAAGUUUACAGUUGGAGAGAAGUGCAGCUUCUUCAUACCGCGGAGCUCGAGAGAGAGAAGCUGGAGCGAAAGCGAGGCCGUGACAUUAUCAUAGCUGUGGAUCAUGGCCCCAACAGCAAGUACGCUUUCGAUUGGGCCCUCAUCCACUUCUGCAGGCUCGCUGAUACCCUCCAUCUCGUUCAUGCCGUUUCCAAUGUGAAAAACGAGAUUGUUUACAAUGCAAGUGAGGAGCUUAUGGUGAAGCUUGCUAUGGAGGCACUUCAAGUUGCCAUGGUAAGGAGUACUGCCCGGAUUGUGGAAGGGGAUCCGGGUAAGGUAAUUUGCAAGGAAGCAGAACGAAUAAAACCAGCAGCUGUGAUCCUAGGUACCAGAGGCAGAGGCUUCAUUCAAAGUGUACUAAAAGGAAGUGUGAGCGAGUAUUGCAUGCGCAACUGUAAAUCAGCUCCGGUUGUAAUCGUUCCAGGGAAAGAAGCUGGAGAUGAGUCGAUAAUCUAGCUAGCGGAACUCAUGGAAAUUUCACUUAAGGUGAAUGUUGAAGGCAAAAAAAGGAGCAGAGGAUGCAAUGCAAGAACAAGGUUGGCAAAAAAGCAGCAGAGAAUGCAAUCAUGCAAUGCAAGAAGAAAUAAAGCCACUGUAGACUUUGUAGUGAGACAUUGAUUGAGACUUGAGAAAGAGAAUUAAUGUGUUUUGCUUAAACAAUUUCCCGAUCUAUGUUAAGAUUCGGAGACGCAUGUAAUUGAUAGAAAGUCGAAUUCUACAAUAUAAAAACACAAUCAUGCUAGUGUCAGGUUAAUUUAAUCAGUUGUUAUCCAUUUUAA